GCGCUUUCGUUGCGCUUUCGUUACUGUCCUGAUCUGCUCCUGCUCGGGUCGUCCUUCGCCGUCAAUCAUCCACUCCCGCUCGACUCUCUGCCAGCUCGCUCGCCCAGGCCCAUCAUGAAGUUCUCCGUCGCCGCCCUCUGCUUCUCGCUCUUUGCCGCCGUGGCCAACGCCCAGGUUGUUGUUCCCAGCUGCUCGCUCCCCAUCAACCCCAACUGCUUGAUCUCGCAGGCGCAGUACACCAUCCUCGGCUACGCCGUCAGCACCAACAUCGGCGCCGUUGGCUCGACUGCCACCGCGAGCAACUACAACGCCACGAUUCUCGUCCAGUGCGUUUACUACUCGGCCAACCUGCCCUCGGCCCAGCGCACCCUCAAGUCCGGCCAGUCCAUCGCCGUCGCCGGCUUUGGCGCCCCCAACCCCCGAUGCCCUGCCGGCUACCCCGGCUCCACCGUUGCCCUCAACCAGUCCCAGAUCUUCUUUGUCUACGUUGCCACCUCGACUCCCUCGGUGAUUUACGGCCUCUUUGAUAUCUGCGACUCCCCGCUGUCGACUUCGUACGCCAACCUGCAGGCCAUCUCCAACAACAUUGCUCUCAACCCCGACCACUCCAUCCUUGAUGGCGGCAGCAACUGUGCCCUGCCCAGCCCCUCUGCCGCCGCCGUCUCCAGCGUCUCGGGCACCACCGGACCCACUACUAUGCCCCUGCCUGGCUCUGAAGCCCCCGCCGCCGCCGCCCUGGGCCUGGGUCUCCUCGUCUCGUCGGUCCUCGCUGUAAUGGCCGCCGUUUGGAUGCACUAGAGACUCGGCCGCCCUCUGCCGUUUGCGGACCGGUCUAUAUCCACCGCUCCCUCCGCCUUAUCACCAGAGCCUUGCUCCGUUUUUAUUUCGCACCUCCACCUCCACCUUCGCCAUCCUAGCUCGGGCGGCUUAUCUCAUAACCCGAUGCCCCACUUUCUUGCCCUCAGGAUCUUGACUGUGCACCAGCACCAAUCGUUCUUGAUGUCCGUCGUAAUACACACAUAGAUGAUGCUCAAAA